UGUAAAAUAAUAAAUAGCAAAUUUUUUAACCACCAGCAUUAGUAAUUUGAAUAAAAAUUAUAAAUUACGGUAAAAAGUUUUAUAAAUAUAAAAUUUUAAAGAUGGAAUGACUUUAGAUUUAUUUGCACAAUUUUCUUGUAAAUAGCUGUCUUGUAACUUUAUUCCUUUUUCCUUUUCUUUUCUUUUCAUUUCUUUUCUUUUCUUUUCUUUUCCUAUUUUUAUCAUUUCUUACUUCAUCCACUAAAUCAAAAGCUAUUUCGAAUGGGUGGGUAAAGAUUAUCGAUACGAUUUUCUUUUGUUCUGAAUAAAUUCGUUUAAUAGUUUAAUAGAAAGUUAUUUUUCCUUAACUGAUACUCCAACCUGAUUUACGGAAUAUAACACUUCGAGCUUAGCUGGUCGUAAGAAUUAGAGACAAAACUAAAUAAACUUUCUAAUAUUUUGAAAGAUAAAACUUAGUUUCUGAAGUUUAAAUAGUAAAAUCCUGUCUGAUAGACUGAGAGAGUGGAUUGUGAUUGUUAUAUUCCGCUUUAUCUUUUGUUUUCUCUUUAGUAAAAAAAAAAAGGAACGACUUGCCUCCAAUCAGCAAAAACUUAGAUUACUCAACUUUACCCUCCACUAUCAAAAGUUACACCGAGCCACUCCACUAUACUACAAUCUUGUCGUUUUCACCCCCAAAUUUCAUAAAAUACUAUGAUAAAACCCAUCAAAUUGAUAUUAAAACCUAAACAUAAUCACAAUUCCCAUACAUCUUCAAGCACAAACAAUGUACGUGACGAGGACAUUGUCGCAGUUCAGAAAAUACCAGAAGACACUAUCGGAGGAGUCACCGGAGGGUCCAUUCUCCGGUGUUUUAGUUAUCACAGACGAAGAAGCAGAAACAGAUGAUACCUUCUGUUUCGGCAUGUGUAAGAGGACAAAAAUAGAGAAGCUUCCGUUCCCUCAAGACAAGAUCUUAUCAGUUGUUCACACAGACAGUUCCGGAAACAGAGAUACUUCGGUUAAGAAGGUCUUGUUCAUACCAGCUCUCGAUCAACCAUUGUCUUCGAAUCGGUAUUAUGUUGUUCACGCAAGAGGCAGACAUAAAGGGAAAGUUUGUGUGUGUUCUAAGGAGAUAGAGAAAGGUCUAUGCUGUUUCCCGGAUAUCUUGCAUGAAAAAAAACCUAAACCUUUGGAUCCAAGAAACAUUUAUCAGACCGUGAAGAUCAACCGGCAUCAUGACAAGACGUUCUUUGCAAAAUCUAUGGCCCCAGAUGGCACACCACCUUCAUUUCUCAAGAAGAAAGGGUGGGAACUACGAGCCUCUAGGAGCUUGCAUCCGAGGAGACCUAGAGAAGCUCUAGGCCUAGACGAUGAGCUAAGAGCCCGUCUGCCUGAAUUUGGAUUCUCAGUUUCAACAAUUCGGUCUGGGAGUGUGAUAGUAGGAGAAUGGUAUUGCCCAUUUAUGUUUGUGAAGGAGAAUUGUAGUGUAAGUUAUCAGAUGAAGAAGUCGAUGUUUUAUAGGAUGACACUAUCUCAAUACUGGGAACGGAUCUACCAUUGUGAAAACAAUAACUUGGGUGACACAAACGACGAAAACAAUGAUGAAGAUGAAGGACUGGUGAGGGUAGAAGCGAAUGUGUUGAGAGAGGCGAAUUAUGUGAAGGGUAUAGAGGCGGUUAAGGAAGAGAAAGAAGGGAAUGGAGGGUUUUAUUGGUAUAUACCGGUUCAAGGUUUGCGGGGACGGGGGGAGAGGAGGAGGAAGACGUGUUCCGGAUCUGCGGUGGGACUGAGUUUCGUGGUAGUGGAAAGAAUGAGAAGGGUAAUGGAGGAAGGAGGAUGGGUGGAAGGAGGGAGGAAAGUGGUAAGAGUGGAGAGAGAUGAACAAAUUGGUGUUUCUAGAAGAGAUUUUAGAGAUUUGAAUGGUAAUAAUAAUAGAGAAUGGAGGAGAUUUGGGUGUUAUGUGUUGGUGGAGAGCUUUGGAUUGAGAAGAGCAGAUGGAGUUUUGUUGGUUAAAUGUUUAUUUAGACAUACUCAAAGACUGAGAUGUAAGUGGGAGUGACCACUAGUUAUGUUGUAUUACAAAAAUAUAUAUUUACUAAAAUUCAAUAUAACCCUUACUGCUGGGACCUAAUCUUGCGGUCAGCUCAGCCCAAGAA